GUGCAAAAUAGACGCGAUGUACCGGUUGAACCUGUGCAUUCACAAGGACUUAACCUUGCAUUGCUGUGCUAGACGAAGACUUCUCAUUUUCCUGACGAUAAUCCUGACCUUGAUGCUGUACCCAGUAAUAUUACCCUUGACACUUCGAGCCUACUCAUCCCUGACAGGAAGCUACCUUGCUGGACAUCACUCUCUAAUGCUGAUUAACUGUCCCUCGGAGCGAACUGCUAAAGACAUUGGCAGAUACAUCAUGGAGAAAAGGAUGGCAGCACGUGUGAACAUUUCCCCCCUCAUCUAUACCAUGUUUUACUGGAAAGAAGAAAUUCAAGAUUCGUCAGAAGUACUCUUGCUGGUGAGAACCAGAACACUUCACAUUCAGAGACUCACUGACAUGGUGAAGACUUUGCAUCCGUACGAGAUUCCAGAGAUCCUCGUUUUUCCGAUCGAUUACGGAAAUCCCUCUUACCUGAGGUGGAUGGAUGAAGCAGUUCCCGAAAAAUUACCAAAUCCCGGUCAAUCGCUGCUGAAAGCUUAACUUACAUGAUGAAGAACGUUCAGGUUUGGACCAUAACCGAUGUGUGGGAGCAUCUUAGUUGAUUUUUGUGCAUGGGAUGAUUGGAUCUAGUGUCCCAAAUGAAAUAUGGUCCCAUUUAAAGCAGUUUAAAAAAACUAAGGCAAUUUUAAAGUUAAAAUGUUGUACAGAGACCCUAAUGGUAAGAUUAUGGUAAUUCUAUGGGCUUACAAAUUGUCUCGAUGUUUAGCAAGCUAUCGUGCGGCACGUCACUUUUUUGUCAUAUUUUUAAAAAAAAUACCAUAACGUCCUUAUGAUACUAUAGAACUUUUUAUAUUAUUAUUAUUGUUUUGCACUGAUGGGCUGUGUAAAGUGACAACAGUCUUCUGAGGUACUCCUAAACCAUGUGAAUAUACACCGAUCAACCAUAACAUUAAAACCACCUCCUUGUUUCUACACUCUCUGGCCAUUUUAUCAGCUCCACUUACAAUAUAGAAGCACUUUGUAGUUCUACAAUUACUGACUGUAGUCCAUCAGUUUCUCUACAUGCUUUGUUAGCCCCCUUUCAUGCUGUUCUUCAAUGGUCAGGACCCCCACAAGACCACCACAGAGCAGAUAUUAUUUAGGUGGUGGAUCAUCCUCAGCACUGCAGUGACAUUGACAUGGUGGUGGUGUGUUAGUGUGUGUUGUGCUGGUAUCACUGGAUGAGACUCAGCAGCGCUGCUGGACUGAGAAUAGUCCACCAACCAAAACUAUCCAGCCAACAGCACCCCAUGGGCAGUGUACUGUGACCACUGAUGAAGGUCUAGAAGAUGACCAACUCAAACAGCAGCAAUAGAUGAGCGAUCGUCUCUGACUUUACAUCUACAAGGUGGACCAACUAGGUAGGAGUGUCUAAUAGUGGAGGGGGUGUGAGCAGCAAUAUACCCUCCUCAAGUGCAAUCAGGGAUCCGCCAGCAGCGGAAGACAAAUUGACAACGCUAAAUGGGGAGAAAAUGCAUUAAAAAAAAAUAGUUCCUGUUGAUAAAUUUAAUAAUUGAUUUUCUGUAAUCAACAAUUUCAAGUGUUUGUGCUUUUAUUUGUCAUUUUUUUAAGUUUUUCUACCUCUAUAGCUGCUCUCAUUGUCUGUAUUGUUGCAUGUAUUUAUUUUUAUCUGUAAUUUUAUUGUUAAUUACUAAC